UAUCAUACAAUCAGUGAUAAAAGUACCUUAUCAUUGGAGCAAUUAACUUAGUAAUAUAACACUUGAGCCGAUGCACAUAUUAGAGAGUUCGAAGAGCUGCGGUCAGUAGUGCCUGCACGCGCAGCCACCAUGCGCAGCUUAUACGUGUUCACAUUGCUAGCUCUGUGCGCGUUUGCCUACGUCCGCGCUGAUACACACACCAUUUACAGUGAUACCAACUUAAGAAUUGUAGUGGACGACAACUCUAACGGCGAAAUCAGAAUAAUUUCAUAUAAAAAUGGUGUCCAAAGAAUCCUGGCCACCUCGAUGGGACGACAAAACGAAACCCGACGAGCCCCUGAAGCUUCACGAUUCGAGAUCGCUUUCUCGAACAAUAUCUCCCUCGCAAUCACUAAUGAAACGGUCAGCACGCCCCGGGCGGGUGUGGUCUUAACCGUAACCUGGCAGGCGCCGACGGCAACACGGCUAGUGGAUUGCCUCGACUUGGGGUCAAGUAACUGGUAUGGAGGGCCACAGCAAAAGGAACAAUACUGGCCGAUCGAGAAGCUCAAAUUGAAAGAAUACUCCUACGUUACAAAAAAAAGUGAUAACUGUGGCAUAGCGGAACCCUAUUGGCUUAGCUCGGAAGGCUUAUUCUAUUUCAUUGAUAAAAAGGUUCCGCUAUUUGUCGAUCAAAACAACGCAGUCCCAAAUGGAACGUGUUUCAUUGCGGACGUCAAACCACCGUACUCUUCUAAAAGGACAAAAAACAAUCUGAUUUACAUCAUAGGAAUAUUCGAAGAUGCGCGGCAGGCCCACGAGUAUGCCGUCAGUAGUAUAUUAAAAAAGCCAAGCGAUUACCCUGAUGAAAGGAUGGUCACAUAUCCGAUCUGGUCUACAUGGGCUCGUUACAAGCGAGAUAUCGACCAUAACGUAGUUCUCCGGUUUGCUGAUGAGAUUGUUGAACGUGGUUUCCCUAACUGUCAAUUAGAAAUAGAUGACAUGUGGGAAACUUGUUAUGGUUCAUUAACUAUAGAUACUAAGAAAUUCCCUAAUAUGUCAGACACAGUGACCAGUUUGAAAUCCAAAGGAUUUAGAGUAACAAUGUGGGCUCAUCCAUUUAUGAAUAAUGACUGUGAGCCUUGGUACACAAAAGCGAAAAACCUGAGUUACUUUGUGUCGUCUGAAAGUAACUCGGUGGAAACAACGUGGUGGAAUAGCAACACGAGCAUGGGCGCUUACAUCGACUUCACAAAACCGGCUGUACGCGAAUGGUACGUUAGCAGACUUGCUCAGCUUCAAAAUCAAUACGGAAUCGACAGUUAUAAGUUCGACGGAGGAGAAACGAGUUGGUCUCCGGAGGUUGCUGUUUUACAAGGAGAUAUCGAUUUACAACCAGAAACCAUAACCACUGAUUAUGUAAGAGCUGUCGCAUCAUUUGGAAGUUUGGUUGAAGUGAGAUCAGGAUACGGAACGCAAGACCUUCCAAUCUUCGUACGCAUGAUCGAUAAGGACUCUUACUGGACAUUUGAUAACGGACUUCCAACUCUCAUCACGACCUUGCUUCAAAUGAACAUGAACGGUUAUACCCUCGUCUUGCCGGAUAUGAUAGGUGGAAACGGAUAUACUGGCCGUGGUGGUAAGCCAUCUCGUGAGCUAUUCAUCAGAUGGUUACAGGCUAACACCUUCAUGCCAAGCAUGCAGUUCUCGUACGUGCCUUGGGACUACGAUAACGAAACGAUAGCAAUCAGCAAGAAGUUCGUCGACCUCCACGCGCAAUAUGCUCCGGAGAUCCUCAAGGCGCUGCGGCGCACCGUGAGCGAGGGCGCGCCCGUCAACCCGCCCGUGUGGUGGGCCGCGCCGCGCGACGCCGCCGCGCUUUCAGUCUGGGACGAGUAUCUCCUGGGCGAAAACAUCUUAGUUGCACCUGUGAUCGAUGAAGGUGCAACUUCGAGAGAUAUUUACCUCCCGGCGGGCAACUGGCUCGAUCAGGGAAAUACUGAAAAGAUCAUCGAGGGCCCCACGUGGGUCCGCGACUACCCCGCGGCCCUCGACGUGCUGCCCUUCUUCGUGCUGACCAACACGACCGCGGAAACCAACACGACCGCGGAAACCAACACGACCGCGGAAACCAACACGACCGCGGAAACCAACACGACCGCGGAAACCAACACGACCGCGGAAACCAACACGACCGCGGAAACCAACACGACCGCGGAAACCAACACGACCGCGGAAACCAACACGACCGCGGAAACCAACACGACCGCGGAAACCAACACGACCGCGGAAACCAACACGACCGCGGAAACCAACACGACCGCGGAAACCAACACGACCGCGGAAACCAACACGACCGCGGAAACCAACACGACCGCGGAAACCAACACGACCGCGGAAACCAACACGACCGCGGAAACCAACACGACCGCGGAAACCAACACGACCGCGGAAACCAACACGACCGCGGAAACCAACACGACCGCGGAAACCAACACGACCGCGGAAACCAACACGACCGCGGAAACCAACACGACCGCGGAAACCAACACGACCGCGGAAACCAACACGACCGCGGAAACCAACACGACCGCGGAAACCAACACGACCGUGGAAACCAACACGACCGUGGAAACCAACACGACCAGCGGGAACAAUGUUCCCAACGUUGCUUCUCAGCGAUUAGCGACUAGCGACUUGCUAAUAUUAUUUAUAAUAUUACUAAAUCUUAUCAUAAGUGUUAAUACUAUAUUGUAAAUAAAUGCUUAUUACAUAUGUAUAUACUUUUGCGUUUGUAAUAAAUUUUCGAUAAUGAUAAUAAACGUAUAAAUUAUAAUUG